GAAACAAACAUCCUUACAGAAGGAACGGGAGAGGAAGAGAGAGAGGAAGGAAGGUAGGAGGCAGAGGAAGGGAGACUUAAAACCCCUCUAAACCUGUCUGGCACCGAGGACGACGGCACAUAACCGAAGCAAGAAAGAGAAAAGGACCUCACCGGGACCUGAAAUCAAUCGACAUUUUCCAGCUGCCCACACUAACGGCCACUUUUCCCCGUCGUCUCGCGAGAAACUUCAUCGAUUUUUAGCAGGUGAUGAUCUUGGAUUAUUGUUUUUUGGGAUUUUUUUCUGAAUAUGGAUGAUUUUGGAAGUGAGCUCGGCUUAUCGAGCAAUGGCUCAAGAGACGAACCAGAGUCCAGUGCCCAUGCUUUGUGCCACAGGUUGCGGUUUCUAUGGCAACCCAAGAACCAAUGGUAUGUGCUCCGUAUGCUACAAGGAACACCUGACACGGCAGCAGAGCAGCGACCGCAUGAGCCCCCUCGGCCCAAUGGGCUCAACUGCUAGUCCUACCUCAGAGGCUUCUGCCAUCCAGAGACUAGAAGCCAGUCUAGCAAAGGUUGAUGCCUCCCCUGCCCCUUCACCAGACAUGUCUAGAACCAUUCAAGGAUCUCUUCCUGUGACUCAGCAAAUGACAGAGAUGAGCAUCUCCAGAGAGGACAAACCUGAACCCCUAGAGCCUGUUGUAAGCCAGCCUGCUGCUUCUAGCCCUACUCCUGUAGCCUCUUCUAGCAGUGAGGAAAGUAAGAGUGACACCCCCAAACCUAAGAAGAACAGGUGCUUCAUGUGCCGCAAGAGAGUGGGCCUCACAGGUUUCGACUGUCGCUGUGGCAACCUGUUCUGCGGCAUCCACCGGUACUCUGACAAGCACAACUGUCCCUAUGAUUACAAGGCUGAGGCUGCCGCCAAGAUCCGCAAAGAGAACCCCGUGGUGGUGGCUGACAAGAUCCAGAGAAUAUAAUAGAUGAGACAGAGCAGCAGUGGCAGCAACAAUGAAACACCAUUGACAAAAGACUGGAGUACGAGUGCGAACCUUUGAAAUGAGCAUAAAUGAGAAUGGAACAGACUUGAUUUACAAAAUUACAACCUCAAGAAGAUCACGGAGAGGAAAAAAAGAAAAAAAAAAGUAAAAGAUCCUGUCUGAGGAAGAUGCAUGAAUGAUCACUUUUCUCCCUCUUGUUUUUUUUUUCUUUUUGAUUAACUCAUUAGUUUGUUUUAUCCUGUUUUCUGUGGUGUGAUUUUUAUUUUUUUUUUCUCGUUUUUUGCCGCCGUUCAGUCCGACGUUUUGUUUUGUUUUUUGUUUGUUUUCUAAGAAUAUGUAUUGUCUUACUAAGAGCAGACCAGGCUACGUGUCCAGGAUAAGCUGUGCUCCUCUCACCCAUACCAGGCGCCAUUAUUGUGCCAAACCAUAGACGGCCAUUUAACCCGCGCCGCCACGUGUCAAGACACUGGCCGGUCUCUCAAAAGCAUUCAGACUACACAGAAACAGUCCAUACAAGUUGUGUCCCUCAACCUUUGAACUUCUCGCUCUGUGCUCUGUCGGCGCUGGAGUCGGUCAGCGUCUCCUGCCUCGCACGAGGAGGGGAGGAUUUGUUGCGUUGUCUUUUCCUAGCUUUACCUACCUCACGGCUGCCGCGUUAAGCUACGUUGUCUUCCCUUUUACUUUUUUCGUCAGCUUCGACCCCAUCAGAGCAGUUGAUCAUCGUGACAGUCGGCGUCGGUGAAUUCCCCUAACCCCUCCAAUCGGCACACCUUGCUUUCACUUUGAUGGGUUUUGAUUGAGGCUGUUUGGAGGUAUCAUGCUAGACGGGGACACACAAAUUACUCGCUGAAGGAGUUCCACCAACUGUUGCAGGACUGUGUGUGUGUUUGUGUGUAUGUGUGUGUGAGCCGACGUGUGGCCUGAGGGGAAGGAUGGCACCCUUCCCCCGUGGGUCUGGUAGGGUGAAUGUAGGCUUCAAUAUUGUAGGGGCAUGAAUGAAUGGGAUAAAUGCAUGAGUCACUCUUCAUCUGUGUUUAGUGUUUCACAAAUAUCAUUCAACUUAGGGUUUCAGAUGUUUUAUUUGCUGAAAGACAAUUAUCUGUUAUGUUUUAUUAGCUUAUUUUUCUCUUCCAUUGUACUGAUGUUAGCACAUGUAUUCAGUGCAUUGAUGGAGUUAGGGUAUGUGAACCAUGAUUUCUUUUUUCUUUUUUUUUUAAAUGCGCUAACAAAACAUUCGUGUGAGCACAGUGUGUGUGUGUGUGUGUGUGUGUGUGUGUGUGUUGGGCUGUGUGCAUGUGUUCUGUCCUCACCUCUUCCUUAUCCCUUUUGACUGUGGAGCUACCCAGUUUAUCAGCACAUGUUUACAGAACUACAGGAGCAUGCCAGAGCUAGAUUUAUGAAAAAUAAUAGAUACCAAGAUUAGAUGUAACUUCUCAUCUGUCUAACAGCUAUUGGUCUCUGUGUGUCUGCUAUAGAGCGCCGUAGGGGGGGAAAAAAGGAGGAAAAAAAAGUGUGCGUGUGUUUUUGUGUGAGUGCACGUGCACAUACCUGUGCGACAGUGUGUUUUCAUGGCUGCCUGACACA